UUGGCUUCUUAGCCCGGGACCUUCUCCACAGCUCCGCAGCAUCAUGACGGUGGGCGCCCGGCUCCGAAGCAAAGCGGCGAGCACCUUCGUGCGCCGAGGGCCCCUGGGGCGAUCGCGCAGCGCCAGUGACGAGGAGACCGAUGCCAUCGUGGAGCACCUGGAGGGUGAGGACGAGGACCCCGCGAGCCAGGACGGUGCGCGCGAGGAGAGCGGACGGCGCGCGGGGACCCCAGGCGCGCGCAGAGUGCACCUCGCGGCGCUGCCCGAGCGCUACGAGCCCCUGGAGGAGGCCGCGCCAGGCGACAAGCCCAAGAAGAGGUACCGGCGAAAACUGAAGAAGUACGGCAAGAAUUUCGGGAAGGCCAUCAGCAAAGGAUGCCGGUACAUCGUCAUUGGUCUGCAGGGAUUUGCUGCCGCCUACUCCGCCCCAUUUGGAGUGGCCACCAGCGUGGUAUCCUUCGUGCGCUAACCGGAGCUGCAGGGGCAGGCAUCACCAGAACGCUUCUGCCCCAAGAGACAGUGUGACUCCACCAGCACUUCAGACUUGGAACUCUGAAGAGAAACCCUGCUUCAGGCUCCAUUGUUGAACUGGUUGAGUGUUAGGCGGGAGCCAUCCCUGCUCAUCCGCUGAGCCACUCGAUUCUCUUAGCCGUGCACGGAUCAGCCCUGCGGAGAAUUAGGUCAAGAUCAAGUUGGGGUUAGGGUUAGGCUAGCCUUCCUAGGGCACAGGGAGGCAGACUCAUGGCAGGUCCGGGGUCUGAGCCAUGCGGGCAGUGGGUGAGUUUUGAGGGAGGAGGAUGCAGAGCUCUAAUGGGGUAGUUGCUAGGUUCUGGAAAGGUCGAGCGAGGGGGCUGAUGGACACUGGCCUUGGCCUUCCAUGAUCCUCUCAUUGAGAACAGGGAGGGAGCUGUUUGUUUCUGACGUCUCUCUCUCGCUCUCUCAUCCUCGCUUUGGUUUACUGAGCUGUCAUUGGGAGUUUAAUUACAGGUUUGGGAAGAAAGAAGGAAGGAAACCGUCUUUGAAGACCACGAUGCUUUGAAACCCGUGUUCACAGCUGUGUGCGGACUGUUGAAAGUAGAUCAGAGGGUGUCAUUUUCCUAAGUAUUUUAUAACUAUGCAGCCGGCAAUGAGGGAGUGAGGGCAUGUUCAGAUGCAAGCUCGGAGGCUGCAGCAGGUGCUUAGAGUCUGAACCUGGUCCAGGGAUUGUGUUUGGAGUAGGCGGGGCUCCUGCAGAUGUGGUUGUCCAUACCGCUCCACUGCUGACUGGUGCCUAACUCCCCCAUUUGAUUGAGGAGAAAGAGAAAGGGAGAGAGAGAGAGAGAGAGAGAGAGAGAGAG